CCGAUCAGCCGUCAACCGUCGUGUCCAUCAUGAGAACUAGGUCGAAAGAGUAGUCAAUGUCUAAUUUUUGGACUAUUUCAAUCUUUCUUGAUUCAAAGAAUCACAUUAGCAAUGCAAAACUUUGCAAUAUCUCGCUGAUUAUGAAAUUAAUUUUAUAAGAAUAAGCAACGUGUAACCUUGGCGAAAGAAAUAAUCAAAGGUGCAAACAUAUGGCAGAGAAAAGCUAAGAUGGCUGAUAAACAUAGUUUGAACUAUGAUGUAAGGGAGCUGAAACUAGGCACAAGCUUCACCAACAAUAAGACAUCUCAGUAUCAUACUAUUAAGUAUGAUUUCAAGCCAGCUUCAGUGGAUGUCAAUAAAAUGGCAACAGUUGAUGUUGGGACUAAUAAUCAAGUGACCGUAACUGUACCACAUUUGGAUGGUGCUGGAGUCCCACAGACAGUAUUUAAAGGAAGUCAACGGCCGUAUACAAAAGAAUGUGUUUUGAUAAUAGAUAGAGUUACCGGGGAGAUAACAUUGGAAAAGCUUUCAAGUAAUAUUCAAGUAAAAAAAACGAGACAAGAAACAAACCAGAAGCAACGACCAUUGACCCCUGUGACCACAGAAUUCACAAACACGACUCAAAGAUCGACGUCUCGUACUCGCGUCGCUACCAACAGACGUACUGCCAAUAACACAGGUCCCAGCGGUGUACAGAAUACUCAGAAUCGGUUCAACCAUGGAGCGCAGAAAUCACAAAAUAUGGUCAGAUCUCCUCCGCGAGUCAAAACGUCUCCACCACAGGCUCCAUGGUCAGCAGGUGGCAACAGCACCCUCGCGUCUCUGCCUAUGAUAGGGUUUGACGAAGCGCCAGCGCGGUCCCCGCCCCCGCAGCCGCCGCCGCACGUGCCCGCACAUGCACAUCCGCAGCAACAUAUACCUGCACAUGCGCAACCUCACGUGGCCCCCCAUGCGCAUGUUCCGCAACACGUGCCAGCGCACGUGUCUGCGCACGUUCCUCAGGCGGCCCGCCAUGCACCGCCCCCUGUGCCCCUUCCGCAACCUCCCUCCGCCGUGUCGCGGCAAGACGACAGCUCCUCGAGUUCAUCUAGUGACAGUGACAGCGAUAGCGGUAGUGGUAGCGACAGCGACGAUAACGACUCCAGUGCGCACCACUCACUCACGAACGGCGCGGCGGACGCGGGCGGCGCGGGCGGCGCGGGGGGCGCGGGCGGCGCGGCGCUGCCCAGCGACGUGCUCAACGACGACCUGUGCCUGUCCGAGUCGGGCAGCGACUCCGACUGACACCGACGAGGACGUUUCCCUCUCUAUGAGAACUAUCCUAUCUAGAAAUUAAAGCUUGCUCUUCACUGAGGAAUUUGGUAUAUACUUUGUCCCGAGAUAUAAAUUUCAUACAAUUUCGAUUACGUCUACGCAUUUGCUAGCAGAUAUGUACAUGGACCGAGACGUCCCAUCGACUUUGAAAAUGGUAAUAUCAUUUGUAAAAAAACCUCGAUCGACCUAAGAAUUACUGCUUGGAAUAAAAUAUAUAUUACCAUCAUCUUCCUAUCUUAUGUUUUAAGAACUAUGACUGCAAAAGGUGUUUUAUAUAUCUCACGAUGUCAGUGUCUUUAAACAAAGGCCUUAUUAAAAGUAUAAUGUACUUAUUUACAAAACAAAAUAAUGUAUAAAUGACUAUUGGAAUAAUAUGGCAUAUAAAUUGAAUAGGAACACCAGUAGAUUUGAAAUAUUGUUCCAAAUUUGAAAACUUGAAAUAUACCCCGAACAAGUCAGUGUAAAAAAUUUUGAUGUACGAUAUAAAUUUAUAUCCCAGGAUGUAAUAUAGCAUAUCCCAUAGUGAAGAGCGGGCUUAAUGAGAAACUUGGCAAGUGUCCUGACGAUAUGUCUACAAUCUUAUCUCGUGUGUGUUUCACGUGUUUAUGGUUCCGUACUCAGUAACCCCGUAACUCGUUGCUUGUAACUGGAGUUAAAAUCGAUCUUAAUUUAAUACAGUGGACUGUUGAUACUAUAAUAAUAAAAAAAUAUUUACAAAACAUUUGUAUAUUAAUGUAAAAUUUCUAAUUGAAAUAUUUGAUAGACUUUAAAUUUCCACUGUCUGUACUUGAAUAUUGGUUGUAAAUAGAUUUGUGAGUGCAACUUGCAUUUAUCUGGUAUUUGUGUAUUAAAACAUUUCCUUUUCCUACCUAUAUUUAAAAAAAAAAAACAAGAGUCGUGAGUUUAAACAAUUGUAUAGACAUAACAUUCUAUAAACAGUUUGUUUUUCUUCUAACAUGAAAAGUCAUAACAAAUGAAUGCUGUUAUUUUAGUUCAUAUUUCCUAUACUUCAUACAUCGACUCUUGCCAUGUUUUAAACAAAUAUUGGAUUCGAUUUUAUGUUGCCAUAUAUAAAUAUAAUAAAUAUAUACCCGUAAUAUUUUAAAAAUAUUAAUGGGAUAAAUAUCAAAAGAUAUCAAUUUUAAACGACAAUUAAAAAUCGAAUUCAAUGCAAACAUGGUAUCUCAAUGAAACUGUGAGAACGUGUUAUACACGACGUCGUCAUUUGUAAGUUUACUGUACAUAUUAUAAAGUAAAAUAUAUUCGUUUCAAUCGAAUUUAUAUUUUAUAUUUAUUAUAAGACGAAUUAAAAGAAAACGACUCGUCAAAUAAAAUCUGAAUUAAAAAUAAAAAGUAUGUAAAUAUUUCAAUUUAAUUUUCGUGCAAAUCUCUCAUACUAACGUAUCUUUUAUCAGACCAGAUAAUGCCAUUACUUUUUUAUUGUUAGAAAUUAAAAAGGCCGGGAAUAGCUGCUAGUGUUGUAAUCGAAUUUAGUUGUGUAAUCGAUUUCUGAAUAUAUCGAUAAACUUAUAAAAUCUAAGUUAAACUUACAAAUGUAAACGAUAUACAAUUACUUAAGAUAGUUAAGUGUGUAUCAUACUGAAAAUGUUAUUGUGCCUCAAGUGAAAUAUAGAUAUAUUUUUAUUUUAUGCCAAUUUUUUAACUAGCGUUAAGAUUAUAUAGCGUUUGGUGGACGCUGAACGAUAUUAUACGUUAGUUUUACGAGUCCGCAAUAAAUUAUUAUACAUAAAACA